CAUGUCAAAGAAUGUGUAAAAACUGAUAAAAUUCACCAGGGGAAAGGUCAAAAAUGUUUUGACAGAAGCGGUUUACAUUAUCCCAAGAGAAUCAUGAAAGAGUAACAACAUGGCAUUUAUCCCAAAAAGACAGAUAUAUUUGCAGCCUGUGUUGAAAUACACAUCUUUUCAUAAAAAUGUUUGCUUUUCAACGUGUUCAAAGAAUACACUUCAAAGUUUUCAAAAACAGGACAACCAGCCAACAAGAAAAUGCAACAAUGCUUUAAUGAUAAUUCAAAGGGAGUCAGGUAACUUUCAAUGGAUUUGUGCAAGUUACAUUUCAUCGUCUUCCAUUCGAUUUUCUGAUAAGCAGCAAAUUUUCAAAAAGUCAUGUUUUGGACGAAUGUCAGUGACAAAGCAUCUACCCAGACCUAAGCCACCAUGGAGGGUGCUGUUUUUUGGUACAGAUAAUUUUUCACUGAGGAUGUUGAAAACUUUAAAUGAAAACAGGUUAAGCCAGGGAAAAGACAGACUAGUAGACACUCUUGAAGUGGUGGCAAUAAAAGCCAAGAAAAAAGGCUCCAAGGUUCCAGUACGUCGGUACGCAGAGGAUCAGGGGCUAAGGGUCCUGGACUGGCAGCCAGAGUUACACCCCCUGACGUACGACGUGGGAGUCCUAGCAUCAUUUGGUUUCCUAAUUCCAUCAAAGGUUAUAGACAUGUUUCCGUAUGGAAUCUUGAAUGUCCACCCUAGCUUGUUACCCAGAUGGAGAGGGGCUUCCCCCAUAGAACACACAAUCCUUUAUGGGGACACGGAGACUGGAAUCUCUAUAAUGGAGAUCAGACCCAAACACUUUGAUAUAGGACCAAUCUUGUUACAAAAGCAAUAUCCAAUUCCAAACAGAGUUACAGCCCCUGAAUUGAGACAAAUAAUGGCAGAGAGAGGAUGUAAUGUGAUGAUGGAGGCCUUGUCUAAUCUACCAGAGCUGGAACGGCGUGUCGUGGAACAGAGUGAGAUUGGGGUCACAUACGCUCACAAAAUAUCUCGCCACGCCUCCUUUGUAGACUGGGAGAAUCAGACUUACCAGUGUAUAGACAGGCAGCAUCGAGCUCUCCAUGAGAUAGAAGCACUAAAAACAGUCUUCAACAAAACAAAAAUUAAUCUCCAGGAUCCAUGUGAUUUUGAUGUCCUUAAUGCAGAUUCCAGUGUGGAGGCAGCAGUAAAGAAGAGAUUUCACUGUCCCGGUUCUGAGGUACCAGCGGGGGCAUUGUUUUACAGUAAACCACACAAACUACUGCUGGUCAAAUGUCGGGAUGGUUGGACAGGGUUUGGAAGUGUUAGAAUAAAAAAGAGACAAAGUGCUAUGGAUUUUUACUGCGGAUAUCUACAGCAGAAUAUGGAUCCAAGGUUCCAGAGUGUGGAUAACGGAAUACAGUUCAACCUUGAUCUAAUGACCCCUAGGGUACUCCAUAGUCAGACAAUGCCCCUUAAAGUCAGAGAGGGGUGCUAUACAGACCUUAAAGUGGGUCACGGCAGCUGACCGUGAAAUGGUGAUGGAGUGCAGGUCAAUCGCGAUCCCAUGCCCCUAUUGUUCCUGUAUAGUUGGAAGCCUUGGAUUCGGAGAGAAGUGAUAUACAAACCUGAAAGUUUGUCUUGGUAGCUUACCAUAGUAUGGUUCUUGACAUAAGUUGUGACCUUAAAGUUGAAUUUGAUGACUGGUUUUGAUACACCUGGAACAGCCUUUCUAGUGAAAAUUCUCUUGGAGAUUUCAUGACAUGGAAUUUGAAUAACUAUUUUACAAGAAAUGGAGAUAUUGAAGACUCUUGACUUAAAGCUGGAGUGCCAGAAGUAAAAGCUUUAAAUGCUUUUAUAGUACCUUGUUUUGACAAUAUCUGCAUAGAUUUCUGAUUCUGUGUAAGAGAUUAAGUUCAUUUUAAUAAAGUUGUCAUCCAUACAUUUCAAAGUCAGUGAUCUAAAACAUCUUAAACUUUGCCAAAAUAUGUACAGGUGACUCUCGAUGGCUCGAACUCCGAUCCCUUGAAGUUCUCGAUCUCUCGAAGUGAACCUCUGGUCCCGUUUUUUCCCUCUCUAUAACUAAGGAAAUUUACCCCG